AUGGCAGAUUACGUAGCAGACGUUUUAGCAAGGGCUGCCCGGAGGGCUCAAGAGGCAGCCCUUCGGGACGCAUGUGAGUCAAGUGAUGAUGGUGACCAAACUACUGAGAGGACUCAAAUGCCAAAGGGCAAAGGAAGUCUGAAGAGGAAAGAACUUCAGCACAUGGACUCGCACGAUGCAGAUUCGCUAGCAUCGACUGUGCCAGCGACACCUUCAGAAGUGGAGAAAGCGAUCAAGGAAGGGCAGCAAGCAUUGGCAGCAAUGCAGCCCAAAGUCAACCCGCCGCCACCUUCCAAGUCGGCCAAACCCAGGCUAACCAGAGAGAUACAGAGCAAAGAGGUUCUGGAGGAUGCCAAGCCCCAGCCCGAGUCAACACCGCCACCAAGAACAGCUGUCAAGGCAAAGGCUGCAAAGCCUGCAAAGCCACCUUCAGUGGAAGCGAAGCUUGAGAGAACCUUGACACCUGACACUUCCAAGGCUGUACAGGAGUGCCUGACUAGGGCUUCAACUGCAGAGCUCUUGUCCAGCAAGGGGACCCCAAGCACUGAGACCCCAAAGACAACCCCGAGUCCUUCAACUCGCAGCAGUUCCAAGAGCGUUCAGCCUGCUCCCUCUCCGCCUGAUCCCUCUCCACCGCCCAGUGAUGAUGAUGAUGAUGAGAGUGAUGAUGAUGAGGAGACGCGGCGUCAGAGGGAGGAGGAAGCUAGAAGGAUUCAAGCGAAGAAGGCGGCACACGCGCGAUAUAUGCGCUUCAGCCGGUCGCUGAAAAGCAAGUCCACUCCGAUUGAGGUGCGCCGCGCAGGCCAAAGUGCCUACAGGAGUUCGGAUAAGCUGCAAGUGCUUCUUGAGCAGUGGGCCGCAUGUGAGGGGCAUUGGGCUUAUUCCGAUUUCAUGAUCGAAUGCAAGAAGAAAUCCAAACACCGGUCGUAUGGAAGUAGAGUGUGGAUGACAAAGUCCGAGAUGACAGCCAAGUUUGGAAGUCUUACGGUGGCAGAAACAAUAAUUGAGAGCAAGGAGAACGAUACAGAUGCAAGUGUGCAUCAGAUUCGCCCGCAUCCCGAUUGUCACGGGAGAGAUACACCAGAGACCCGCCAAUACCUUAUCUGGGAUAAGGAGGGCACCGAAGACAGCGAGGAUGUGACUUGCGCUGAACUUUUCCGCGCAGCAGAACAGGAUGGCAGUGACAAGGGGGCUUCCACCAAAGAAAAGAAGGCAAAGAAGCACCAGAAGAAGAAGGCAAGCGGAAAGAAAGACCAUGGACGAAAGAAGAAAAAGAAGUCUUCGAGCUCCUCCGAUUCUGAAUCGGAUUCGGGGUCUGACUCAGAUUCUUCAGGAAGCUCUUCCAGUUCCAGCUCAGAGGACAAAAAAGGAGGGAAGAAAAAGAAAGGUUCAAAGGCAACUGCAAAGGAGAAGAAGCAGAAGGCAAAGGAUGAUGACACCAGGGAAAGGAAGAAAACACGAAAAGAAGACAAGGAAAAAGAGCCAAAAGAGGAGACCGAAGAUCAAAAACAGAAGCGUGAGGAGAAGGAAGCUGAAACGCAAAGGAAAGCCGAAGAGAAGAAGAAGAACACUGAGUUCAAGAAGGAGCAGCGAAAGGGAAAUCAGGCAGUGACCAAGCUUGGCAACCACAUCUCCACUGCGGCCAGCCUGGGUGACAAGCUCAGCACGAUGAGCCAAUCAGUGGCAGAUGCGAUCCUGCUGGAGGUUCAGCCCCACUUGGACAAGCUUCGUGAUAUCAGAUCCAAAUUGCAGAAAGCGGUGGAUGCGGCCAAGGCGGACAAUUUGGGAAAGAUGCCCACCCUGAUCGACGCUGCCAACUCGGCAUGCUCAGAGUUCCAAGCGAGCCAGUCUUUCGAUGCCAACUGGAAGGGCCAGUGUAGUUUUGCAGCUUUCGUAGGUGUGAAUACGAAUCUUCCAGUCGCAUUGGAAGGGCACUACGAUGAUGUCGCAACCUCGGUGAAGCGUGCGAUGCGACGAGUCCGUGAUCAAGUUGCAGAUCCUGGUGGAUCGGCUGUUCAUCCGGACACAAUGAAACUGGGUUCCAAAUCUGGAAAAAACGAUGCACGGGACUUCUGGAAUUUUGCAGACAUCCCUGUCGAAAUUGAAACUAUUCGCCUUCCUGUUUUCGACAAAAAGUCAGUUGGCAAUGCCAAAGUGGAGGUGUUCCCCAUCAUUCACCCACAUCGGAUACUAAACUACUUGUUUGACACUGUGGGAGUGGAGGUGGACCCUUGUGAUGUGCAUUCAUAUUGGGACCAUGCGCGGGCCAUGCAAGAACCUUGGGCAUGCUGUUCACCUGCUUCAAGAGACCACAUGCCCGUCGGGCUCCACGGAGACGCGGCCCGGCUCUGGACGCAAGUCCGGGUGGAAAAGAUGGUGGGGAUUUUUGUAAAUCUUCCACUCUUUAGACCCAAAAGCGUGCGCCACUCUAGGUGGCUUGUCUUUUCCAUUGGGAGGGACAAACUCAUCAAAAAUCGAACAUUCAAUGUGGUAUGGGAACGCUUGGUGUGGUCCCUAAAUUGGGCCUUCGAAGGUGUCCACCCACGUUCAGGGCCAGGUGGACGCCCCCUCACAGGUGCUGACCUUGCCCGUGCAGGUAUGCCACUGUGCCGCUCCAACAUGAGGUUUAGUGUGACCGAGCUCCGUGGCGAUUGGGAGUUCCACCGUGACGUGUGGCGCUUUACAGCGUCAUGGCAAGGCCAACAGGUCUGUUACCGCUGUGCAGCUGGGACAAAGGGGGAUGAGGCCUAUCUUUAUUACAAUGGGGGCCCAACCAGUCGCUGGUUACAUGAAGAGUUCUCAUUGGAGCAAUUUUUAGCCCGCCGAUUAAAAGACAGACAACUUUGUCCGCUCCGACAUCUGAAGGGAUUUCACCACACCAUCAUUCGAUUCUGUUCCAUGCAUACCCUCAAUCUAGGGCUGCUAUAUGUGUGCAACGCUGGCGCCCUGCUUUUGCUAUGUGAGGACUUUGAAUACUUUGGUACAGGGACCUUUGCUGAGCAGUUGGAUGUGGCCUACCAAGACUUCUUAGCAUUUUGCAGGUCUAAGCGCAUCCCUCACUCCCAGCCUCCGUUCCUUCCCCGAAUGGUGAAAAAGAAGGAUGGCAACGAGUUGUUCACUGCGAAGGCAUAUAACGGAAGAGUGAUCUUGAGCUGGCUGAAUCACACUCUACUGGGGGUGCUUGCACAGCGCCCGGAUCAUCAAAUUCUCCAUUUGACCAGUGCAGCAGUGAAUUCUAUGACCAACAUCUUCAGCAUCAGCGAGAGCCAUGGCCGCUUUUUGCCGGAAAGUGCAGCGCAAGAACUCCAUGACAACGGGGUUCGGUUUGUGGACCUCUACAAGGUACUGUGCGUAGAACAUAUCAGGAUGAACAAAAACAGAUGGUUGAUGCGACCAAAAAUUCAUGUUCUACUACAUCUCAGCAAAGACGUCCUGAAGUACAGGGCUAACUAUAGAAUGUGGCAUACAUUUGUCGACGAGGAUGCGAUGCGCUGGCUUAAGUGCAUUGCAGCCAGAGCACAUCCCAAGCGCCGACACAUCUGGCUCCUCAAAUGCACCAAGCUCAGGCUUCGCACUAUGAAGCACCGUGUGGAACGGAAGAAGACAAGAGGUAAAAGAGGUUGAGAUCAACUCCAAGCUGUGGUUCGGACAUGGUGUGAUGUGCAAUGUGCGAUGCUGCGAGUAAAACA